CCUGAGGGGCUCGACCCAACCGUGGGAUCAGGACCUGAGCUAUCCAUGUGCCUGACGGGGCACCUCUUUGACACCUUGAAAGUGAAGAUGCAGACGUUCCCUGACCUGUACCGGGGCCUCACCGACUGCUGCCUGAAGACUUACUCCCAGGUGGGCUUCCGCGGCUUCUACAAGGGGACCAGCCCAGCGCUGAUCGCCAACAUCGCCGAGAACUCGGUCCUCUUCAUGUGCUACGGCUUCUGCCAACAGGUGGUGCGGAAGGUGGUUGGAUUGGAGAAGCAGGCCAGGCUGAGUGAUCUGCAGAACGCAGCCGCGGGUUCCUUCGCCUCUGCCUUUGCGGCCCUGGUGCUCUGUCCCACUGAGCUCGUCAAGUGCCGGCUGCAGACCAUGUAUGAGAUGGAGUCGUCAGGGAAGAUCGCCAGAAGCCACAACACAGUCUGGUCCGUGGUGAAGAGCGUCCUCAGGAAGGAUGGCCCCCUGGGCUUCUACCACGGCCUCUCCAGCACCUUACUCCGAGAGGUGCCCGGCUAUUUCCUCUUCUUUGAUUCAGGGAGAUCGAAGGAUGAGCUAGGCCCUGUCCCUUUGAUGUUAAGCGGUGGAGUUGGUGGGAUCUGCCUCUGGCUUGCUGUAUGCCCAGUGGAUUGCGUCAAAUCCAGAAUUCAAGUUCUUUCCAUGUCUGGAAAACAGGCAGGAUUUAUCGGAACCUUUAUAAGCAUUGUGAAAAAUGAAGGAAUAACGGCCUUAUAUUCUGGACUGAAACCCACAAUGAUCCGAGCGUUCCCUGCCAAUGGGGCGCUCUUUCUGGCCUACGAAUACAGCAGGAAGCUGAUGAUGAGCCAGUUCGAAGCCUACUGAAGUGUCCUGGCGAAACGAGGUCCAAGUCUAGGCACGUGACCACGACAGUUCAUCUCAGGGUUUCACGGAGUACAAGACCAAUGGGGAAUUAUUUUGGUUUCAUAGGCGUUCUGUUUUUUUGGUCUUCCCUUAUACUCUAAAUCUUAAACUUUGUGAAAAGGGCCUCCAUUUUAUCCUAUUAAUUUCUGCCCAUAAUCGUACUGAAAUUGAACUCAGUUGCUGCUCUUGUCCUUGGUGGGACAUUUAGGGUGAGCCGCCGGCCUUGCACAGGAUCUGAAAGGCUAAAUAUAGUUCUUUCGGGAUUUUGCAUAAA